AGUUCCGAAUGUGAUAUAUAAAAUAAUAAACUUUGUAUUGAAGCAAACAAAACGUAUUCAGCUAAUCUGAAAACAAGUCGUCAGGAAUUCUAGAUAAAUAAUAAUUCCAAAUUACAAUGGCGUUUGUUGAAUGCGUACUGGACAGAAUGGUAUCAACCUCGGCGGUGCCGGUGAAGCCGGUGCUGCGCGACCUCAACGAUGUGCUCGCAGAUGUCUAUGUCAGGCACAUCGCACUCAGAAAAGAGGACUGUCGUUACUACUACGAAAUAUUUACACAGAUUUUCUACCGGAUACAUAACGCUAUGAAGGAGGUGGAUCCCUACUACGCCAAGUAUUCGAGUGAGGUAAAAUUCGCGGGAAGUCAUUUCGAUAGACUGCGCAUUAACAAGCCCGACGAGUAUGACAUGGUGAUCGUAGUCCAUGUGCCCUUCAACUUCAUACAGAUCGAGCCGAAACAUCCGGGAUACGUGCAGCUACGCGUCGACACUCGCCCCGGCUCCCCCCGGCAGUACACACCCGACAGCGUCGAGGUCAAAACUGCCUACAAGUGGCUCGACAGUAAGAACUACAUCCUGCGAUCUGAAUACGCCAACUGGAUAAAGAGCAUUAUCAUUAGGGCCAUAGAUCGCUUAUCACGCCAGGUGCAGAAUGCUAAUAAGGAGAAUAUGUAUACCGUGCGAUACACUGAGACUGGGCCGGCCCUUACCCUUAUAAUAGAGAACGACACGGGCUUUAAGCUAGAUGUGGACUUGGUGCUGGCGCUGCAGUUUUCGGAAAGUCGGUGGCCAGUGGAGGGGUACAACAGUAUUCCCGCGGGAUGCAGCGUGGGCCACUGGAUGGUGGCGCCCAAGCCCAACCGGCACGGCUACGACAUCCACGACGAGAACCGUUCCUGGCGUAUCUCGUUACAAGAGCAGGAGAGAAAGUUAAUACACGACUCGCAUAAUCUGCGCUUGACUGUUAAACUGCUAAAAAAAUUACGCGACUCCAAAAACAUGUCUCAUCUCGCGAGCUAUUAUAUAAAGACCUUAUUCCUCUGGGAAGUGACUGAAAAUACCGACGCUGAUUUCUGGAUGAGAAAUGAUUUAGCGACACUCUUCAAGCAUAUGCUGCAGAAGCUUCACUCGGCAUUGCGUGUUCAUAGAAUUAAUUACUUCUGGAAUUCGAGGUACAAUCUCAUUGGCAACCUCAAUCCCAAUGUGGUAGAGUCAUAUGCAAACAUCGUGGGCAACUUGCUACAAUCUUUAAACACCAGUGAGAGCCACCUGAGCGUCGCAAAGUAUUUACUCACUAAAGCUGAAUUCGAAUCUUAUAGGAGAUUCUUUUAAAACAUUCAGUCUGAAUUCAAUUAUCAGCAUCCGAGACAGCAUCUUGCAAGAACGAUGGCGGAUUGAUGUGCAUUUCUUAAAUUUAACCCUAAGAUAUUGAUGACCAUUCCCGUGCUGAGAGCUCUCCGAGCUUCACUACUAGCUGAGCGUUCUGUCAUGUAGACACAAAAAAGAAAUAACUUCAAUUUUGUAUACUCAAUAAAAUAUU